GGGAAAGGACGGAAAGCACAACAUCGUCUCCGUAUUACGCGCAGUCUGUGCACUGAAAUAAUUCCGACCUGGACGAAGACGAGGUGCGAUCUGAUAUAGUGGACAAUAUUUCAGAUGUUAGUCCUUUCAGUGACAAAUCUCUGCAAGCGAUCGCUCGGACUCUGAUAGCAUUAUUUUGUACGGGGAUGACUUUUCUCAUGCCGUCAUUAGGAGGACGAGAUGUCAAACAUAAGGACGACAUGUGGCUAAGUGCACUGAUGUAGCCUGAGGUUGAGUUUGGAUGCUCGAAGUCAAGCUCCAUCCUUCACAAAAAACCAUGACGCAUAGAGCUUUCUCUGAGACGACUGCUGGAAGAAGCCUGGACUGUUCCUAAUAUCCAGAUCGUUCUUAAGUGCGAUCUCACGAAAUAGAACUUUUGUAAAAAAAAAAAUUAUUUAUUUAUUUUUUUAUUUUUUUUAUGAACACGUUGUUUAAAUAUCUCGUGUGGCUGCACGGUGUCGAUUUACCGUGAAUGCAAAGUAAACUCGUCUGACCUUUUAGUCUGUGUAAUUAACGGCGAUCGCGAGUGGACGCGGUGGAUUCAAGAUGAAGGUAAUAGUGCGGGUGGUGUUUUGUUUACUGGCUUGCGUGCUGUCAGUGAGAGGCGCCGGGAGCGACACCCACACGCUGCCCCAGGACUCGUGCACGUCAUGCGGCCUCGGCCGUCCCGACGUUCCAGACGCUAUGGACACUGACUUUCUGGAGGCGGUGAAGAGGCACAUACUGAGCAGACUGCAGAUGAGACAGAGACCUAACAUCACGCACCCGAUCCCGAAAGCUGCUAUGGUCACAGCACUAAGGAAGCUCCACGCCGGCAAAGUAAGAGAGGACGGCAGGUUCGAGAUUCCCAGCUUAGAUGGCCAAGCCGCAUACAGCAACGAGGCGCAAGAGGAAACAUCAGAAAUCAUCAGCUUUGCCGAGUCAGAUGACCUGACUUCAGCAAAGUCCAGCCUCUAUUUUGUGAUCUCCAAUGAGGGCAAUCAGAACCUGUAUGUACUGCAAGCCAAUUUAUGGCUGUACUUCAAACUUCUACCUGGAGGACUUGAGAAAGGUGUGCGUCGGAAGGUGACAGUGAGGGUGCGCUACCAGGAGCCUGGGGGUCAGGAAAAAUGGGUUGAGAAACGCCUGGAGCUGAAGCGCAGUGGUUGGCACACAUUCCCAAUGUCAGAGGCAGUCAGAGUGGCUUUAGGGAAAGGUGGUCGACGGCAGGACUUGGAUGUGCACUGUGAGGGCUGUGAGGUAGCCAAUGUGGCACCUGUGCUGGUGGACAUAGGCGAUCCCUCUCACCGGCCUUUCCUGGUGGUGCGGGCACGCCAGGCUGAGGGGAAACAUCGUAUCCACAAGCGGGGCCUGGAGUGCGAUGGAAAUCAUGAUGGUCUGUGCUGCAGGCAGCAGUUCUACAUCGACUUUAGGCUCAUAGGCUGGAAUGACUGGAUCAUCGCACCUGCUGGUUACUUCGGUAACUAUUGCGAGGGCAGCUGCCCUGCAUAUAUGGCAGGGGUGCCAGGUUCGGCCUCUUCAUUUCACACAGCUGUGGUCAAUCAGUACCGAAUGCGAGGCAUAAGCCCAGGCUCAGUGAACUCCUGCUGCAUCCCUACAAAGCUCAGCACCAUGUCCAUGCUCUACUUUGAUGACGAGUACAACAUUGUCAAACGCGAUGUCCCUAACAUGAUUGUGGAGGAAUGUGGAUGUGCCUGAGGCUGGUUAGGGUAUUACAGACUUUGAAUGAAAUCAAAGGACAUUACAACUGCAGUGACAUAUUUAUGGGUCUGUACCACAGGCAUAUAAAUACAUGUUAUUAUAUGUACACUUAUGCACAAAAUCACACACUAGUGUAUGUGCGUGGAGCAGUGGCUCAUCAAAUAUAUAACAGGAGUUAUUCUGUUAAAAUCUUAAAACACAAAGGCAUUGAAAUGAGGAGGGAAUGGAAAUCACUAAACCUUUUGGUUAUUUUCAAGUUGAAAGCAUGAUGUUGGCCUUUUUACUCCAACAGGACAGAAAUGGACAUUUACCAGUGACAAGCUGGUAUUGCCCACUGCUUUGAGUGCUUUGGCAACAACCCUUCCAAGUCUAGUGAAAGCACUGACAUUACAAUGUCGUUCACACAUCAGAACAUUAGCACUUCAAAGACAGUGAUAAAUUAUUCCAUAGAGGUGGAGUUUUCAAUAACUAUAUAUAACAUCACUUUGUAUGUUUCUCAAGGCAUUCCCACUACCAUGUCUGAAAUUCUAUGCGGCAUUUUACCAUACCAAAUGGGUAGGCUAAAUGAAACUGCUAGUGGCCUCUUAGAAAACACUGUAACAAAGUGGCUUUCCUUCACCCUGUGCAUGCAUAGUCCAUGUGGCAGACCGCUGAACCAAGAUGUGAGGUCCAACAGGUGAAGUGUGAUGUUAUAGCUCUUUGGCUGUGAACUUCAGUGGCUCAUAAAUGCUGUCAGCACCAUGUGCUCUGUGGAGGCAUUAUUACUGACCAGCUGGCAGUACAGCACUUGCAAAAAUGCUCUAAAUGCACAAUUUAAAGCACUUGCCUUUUGAAAUACCUUCAAAAGGAUUGUCAAGAGGUGCACCUACCCCAAUGCUCACUCAGUCCUAUUGAUAUAAAGUGCCGCAUAACCUAUGCAAUGUACAGUAAUCCUGGUCCAGACUGAGUAUUCUGUUCUGCUAAUCUUUAACUCUAUCAAAUACUUGAAACAUGAUCUUUCGCUUUCUCUCCGAAGCGGAUGAUUGUUCAUCUGUUUGCACUGAAAAGUCGCAGAAAUAAUUAAAAGACAAAAAAACAAUAACAACAAAAUGCUAUGGAAAAAAUAUUUUUUAUAACUGAAUCUUUUUUUUUUGUGAAAAUAUGUGUGUAUCAUAUAAUGGAACCAAAGAGGCCAAUAUUUUAGUUAUUAUAAUAUGGUGGCAAGGCUAUUACAAUAUUUGUACAAUAUUUGUUUAUCCUUUUUAAGAAGCCUAAUCACUGUGUCAGGGUACAACAUCACAGAUUGCAAUUCAGCUCUUUUUUUAUUGUGUACAGCAAACCAUUCAUAUUUAAUUCUCUCAUUUUCUAUGUAAUGAAACUUAUUUUUAACUCUUGGUCACAAGUCAACCAGUAAAACAUGUCAUUUCUGUACAGUUUAUGUCAAAAUAAAAUAAGCUUUCGUAAAUAUUUUGUAACUUUAAAAUAAAUUCUUACUCUGCAUUAUAGUGA